AGCUGGAGAGGAUUAAGGGGUGUGUGUGUGUCUGUCUGUCUGUCUGAGAUAUUUGGAAUAAGGUUCUGGGCAGGGACAGUUACUGAAGUUGAUCCUAGAGAGCUGGGGCAUUCCUAAAUUCCAGAAUGGCACUUUAAUCCUUUACCUAAAGAAUAUCACCUCCAUUAAAUUGUUAGCUGCUAUAAGUGAAAAAGAAAGAAGUAGAUUAUUAUCUGAGUUCCCAUGUGGCUCAGCCGGUUAAAGAUCCAAUGUUGUCAUUGAAGCGGCUCAGAUGGCUGCUGUGGAGUGAGUUCAAUUCCUGGCCCAGGAACUUCUGCAUGCCCUGUCUGGGCCAAGAAAAAAAAGAAAAAGAGAAAAAGAUAAAUAUGUGGCUAUUUAUUGUCAGACUCACUGCUAAGCACUUGAUAGAUAUCUCAUUUAAUCCUCGUAACAACCCAGUGAAGGAGGCACUAGUAUGAUCCCAGUUCAUGGAUGGGAAAACUGAGGCUUAGAGAAGUUAAGUGACUUGCCCAAGGUGACAGAGCUAGGGAACAAGAGAGCCAGGUUCAACCCAGGUCUGUCUGAUUCCAAACCCACAUUCCUAACCACAACCACCACCCUGCCUCCCAUUGAGGCUGGUUAAGGAUUAAUUUCCUAGUUCCAGGUGGGAAGAUACAGGCAGGAGCUUUUCUUCCAAAAUUGGGUCCAGCCUUGCCAGAGAGGUGCAAAACACAGGUAAAUUUUCCUGCUGCGCUCAUCACUCCAACCUAAUGGGAGGAGAUGGAGCUGCUGCCUUGAGAGGAAGGGCUCAGCUCCCACCAGUUCAAGCGGCAGAUGGUGCCCCCUGGCGGUGGUGAUGGGGAAGGGCAGUGGGUGGGACCGAGGAAGAGCUUGGCCAGUUAGUGGGGGGACAGAUAGAAAGCUGUGUUUGAGGAGCAGAGAACAGGUUCCACUGAGUCAGCCUGCCCCCAGGCAAAGGGCUAGAGCAGGGCUGCUUUCCCAGGGCCCACGGGGAGACAGGUCAGCCAGGCGCUCAUCAGGGGCGAUACACGCCGGUAACCCAAUGACGUCAUUGAACACCAGCCAUCACUCUUCUCAUUCAAAUCUAGCGUCUGCACCUAGAUUUAGACUCCUGCACAAACCAUACUGGCAUCAUCUUGUUUACAAUUUAGAGCCCAGGAUGUGGGCUAAUUUAGAGGUCAGCCUAGCAAUCAAAGGGGAAACCUCACCGCGACUGGAUUGUUUUUGCUUAGGGAUCAGGCGCCAGGUGGGGAUUUCUGGGGACCCCCAUAGCUCCCUGAGGCUCAGCCUCAUGGGGGAGUCAGACAGAGGCUGCUUAUAAGACAGGAUAGAGAGUGCUCCAUCACUGGGAUGGAGGGAGGGGAGGGGACACGGGGUGGAAUGGGUGAGGGAUUCUGCUUGGUGACUUGGGGGAGGCAUGGCAUCAGGCUUUGGAAACAUUAGCAUAGCUUGGGGUCUUUGUCCCAGGGUUUUGACCUUCUGGAUUAGGAAAUCACAAAGUGUGUUGGCUCUGAGAAUAAUGACAGAAACGGAGCCGACAAACAGAGUCUCUGAAGGUCUCUCCACCUCACCUGCAGUGUGCUCCCUCAGGCUGUCAGAGGCCCCCUUCCCCGGGGAGGGAGCAGGGCGAGUGGGGCAGCUGGGGAUGCCUGUGUUCUAUUUCCAGCAGCUAUCACUGACUCACGCUGUGACCUUGCAGAGGUCACGGCUAUGUGUUCCUUGCUGGGGGGGAAAUCAGAGGUGGCAAAGCUUGCAUUUUUUUCUCAAGGGUCUAGAAUAUGGGGGACCUGGCUGCUCCCCGGAAACCCCAAGCCCUGUCUGCUCCUGCUGCUAUUAAUGAGAAGAUGCUUUAGAUUUGGAUUCAAGGCACUUUGGGGGACACUCAAAGCAAGAAGCAAGGAGUUCCUGCCACAGCAAGACUUAUGGCCACUUCUCUAUGCAGUGUCUCUCCAAAUACUUUCCAGCUCACGUUCCAAGCCAUUAUGUCCCCAUGUGGCCUUCACUUGGGCUGUGGAAGGGGAGAGGGAGGGCAUCUUCUCCCCAGUUUCAAGCUGAGGCCAUCAAGGCCAAGAGUGUCCUUUCUCAACAUUUUCAUUACCAGGGCCCUCUUUUUAUCGUUUUACUACCACGCAGCCCCCAGUCUUGCAGGCCUUUGCUAAAUGCUCUGCAUUUUUUAGGGAGAAAUUUCAUCUGUUUCCAUUCAUCAAAGUCAUCAGUUUCUGCUCAGCACAAAAGAACUAGGCCUGCGAUGGAGUUUAUUACCGAGAACUGCAGCAUUGGCUCUGAGUGACCUCCUCGUAGGCAAAGGCCCAGCUUUCACCAGACUGAAAUUCUGAGAAGACUUGAUCCUCAGGGGGCCCAGGGAUCCCAGACUGGGAAGUAUUUCCCCAAAGAGAUCGAGUGGCCCGUGGAAGGUUCUGUGGUUAGUGGUGGCGCCAGGCCAGGGCUCCAGCCAACCAGACCACUUGGCAGGGAGGGCUGGCGCACACUCGGACAAACACGCAGGCCCACAGGCAUAUGUGUGCAAGACAGCAGUUCAACCAAACUCAGGUGUCCUGAAGCAAUGAUGCCUGGGGCUCAAACUGGUAAGAAACAGGCUCCCCUUAGUACUGGCGUGAGAAGCCAGAGGCAAGCCUGAGGCUGGAGGGGUGGAGGGUGUGGCAGAUCGUUCUAGGGUGUUCCUGCAGAGUUGCCAUGGGGGGGACCUGUUUGUUCUGCCACCUGCCUUUGCUUUGAUGCUGCAACAAUGCAUCAUUUAUGCAGCUUGGGGCGUUCACCCACUCUGGGGACUGUUCAGACAAUUUGAUUCUCCCAGCACCUGCCUCAUCAAAGGGCUGAGACCAGAGUGGGGGGCUGAGCCUUUGGAGCUGGGGAUGACAAAGACAAACUGAGGACCCUGGGAGGGAGGGGACACAGACGGGACUCUGGAGCCCUGGGGAGUAAGCAGAGAAUGAGCUGCAGGACCCCCAGGGCUUCAGAGCUUCCCCAGGGCUCUGUGCCCCUCCCCACUGAGGGCUCCUGCAAAUACUCAUCCUUCGCUGAGCCUUGGCUUCUUCCCAGAGGCUCAGGUUUUUGAUCCAUCGGAAGGCAUCAAGCUGCAUGGACCUUUGGAAAAAGGUUGAGGGCUUAGCUUUGUGGCUUCAGAAUUUGAGCCUCCACCAAUCCACACGGGGCUGGAGGCCAGGGGCCAGGGCAGGGUCUCUGGGGGCCUGCUGCCCAACAGCUGUUCCUGGGUUAUUUUGGUGCAGCAGGAGCUUAUCAAUUCCAGGACAUUUGGACCAAAAUAGCAAAGAGCAGGACAAUCUCUUGGUGGCUCUGUGGGGAUUUCUCCUUAGAAAAGUUUCUAGAAUGGGGUUGGGGAGGGAAAGGAGUUUGACUUGGGGGAUAGGGAAGUGUCUGAGGCUAAAUUCACCCACCCUUUGCUAGUCUCCCUGUGACCCCUUCCCUGGGGACGGAAGCUGGGGGUUCGUUGGAGAGGGAGUAGAAAUUAAGAGGGAGAAGAUCAUUUUUAAAUUUUGCUUUGACUCUGUGGUCCUUGCCCAGAGAUGGUGUCAUAGGCAUUACUUCUUUCCAUGUUGCAGAGGGGGCACACGGGGUCCACACAGCUGGGAGCCCUAGCCUCUGACCCCAGGCUAGGGUGCCUCUCCGCUGGGCCUCUCUUAGACCAGCAUCAGUUCUGUGCUCGGUGGCUGCCAGUUUCCCCGACAAUCCCAGGGCCAACGUGGAAACUGCUGACUGGCCCUGGCCUUCCUUCGGGCCACAGCGGGGGGCCUGGCAGCUCCCCCUUGCUGUCCCCGCCUGCUUCGCUGAGACGGGUUAAGGGCGGGUGGAGGAAAGGAGGAAUGAAGACCAGGCGCCCUGGAGCUCUCUGGAGCCCGCUGGAGCCUCGCCCAACCCCGGAUCGGCAGCGCCUGGAGCGGCCCCCUAGAGCCCGCCGGGGUCGCCCUGGCACAGAGAGUGACCUGGGUCGCGCUCCCUUUUGCAACAAAGGUGGCCCGCGGGGAGCGCAGGGGUGCGGGGCGCUCGCCCCCGACACGCCCUCGGAAUCCGCCGGAGUGGGGGGCGCUUGCUAACGGUACUGAGCUGUCUAGGGCUCCGCGCCAAGACCGCGCGACAGGUUUUCUAGCUGAGGGUUGGGAAUCAGCUGCGCUGGUGGGGCCGCGUUUGGCGACGGCGACUCCGCUACCCCUACACCCUACAGCCUCUCCUCCGAGAUUUUCCAGCGGGUUCAUUUCCUGUCUGGGUAAAUCCUUCGCGAGUCCCUUGCCCCUCCCUCUCCGGCUCUCCCGCCUUCGUCCCGGCCGCCCGGGCUCCCCGAGUCCUUCCGCGCCUCGCCCCAUCGUCCCGGCGCGCCCGAGCGACGCCCUCCGGCGCCCAGCGCGCCGCCCCGCGCCAGGGUUCGGCCCCAGAGCCGCGUCCGCGUCGCCGCCGCUCGCGCGGGUCCCCUGCCAUGCGCCCCCGCGCCGCCCCCCGCGUCCCCGCCGCGCUCGGGCUCUGCAGCCUCUUGCUGCUGCUCCGGCCCGGGCACGCGUGCCCGGAGGGCUGCGCCUGCACCGACCCGCACACGGUGGACUGCCGCGACCGCGGACUGCCCAGCGUGCCCGACCCUUUCCCCCUGGACGUGCGCAAGCUGCUGGUGGCCGGCAACCGCAUCCAGCACAUCCCUGAGGACUUCUUCAUCUUCUACGGCGACCUGGUCUACCUGGACUUCAGGAACAACUCGCUGCGCUCGCUGGAGGAGGGCACGUUCAGCGGCUCGGCCAAGCUCGCCUUCCUGGACCUCAGCUACAACAACCUGACCCAGCUGGGCGCCGGCGCCUUCCGCUCGGCCGGGAGGCUGGUCAAGCUGAGCCUGGCCAACAACAACCUGGUGGGCGUGCACGAGGCCGCCUUCGAGACCUUGGAGUCGCUGCAGGUGCUGGAGCUCAACGACAACAACCUGCGCAGCCUCAACGUGGCCGCCCUGGCCGCGCUGCCCGCGCUGCGCACCCUGCGCCUGGACGGAAACCCCUGGCUCUGCGACUGUGACUUCGCUCAUCUCUUCUCCUGGAUCCAGGAGAACGCGUCCAAGCUGCCCAAAGGCCUCGAUGAGAUUCAGUGCUCCCUGCCCAUGGAGAACAGGAGGAUAUACCUGCACGAGCUGUCGGAGGCCAGCUUCAGCGAGUGCAAGUUCAGCCUCUCCCUCACAGACCUGUUCAUCAUCAUCUUUUCGGGCGUGGCCGUGUCCAUCGCCGCCAUCAUCUCCAGCUUCUUUCUGGCCACCGUGGUGCAGUGCUUCCAGAGGUGCGCCCCCAACAAAGACACGGAGGACGAGGACGACGACGAGGAUGACUGAGCCACCCCCUCCCCUUCCUGGAUCUCCAGAACCCCAGCCGGUGGCUCCCCUCCGAGAAGAGGGGGAAACGCUGAAAGCAGAGAGGAAUCGACCACACCCUCAGUGGCCCGAGCAGCGCCUGCUCCGAGCAUUGCCCCCUGGGUGCAUCCGGUGAGACCUCCGAGCCCAGAGUUUAGGAUCCGCAGAGCAGAGGAGACCAGGAAGACUUCCUGGAGGAGAGCCCGCCUCUCGGCUGGCUUAAGGGAUCCGUUUGGGGAGGAGAUGGCCGAGGCAGGCUUCCGAGCUGCCGGCUGAAAACAGCGUAGGGGAUGUGAGGACUAGGAGCUCUCGCCCACAAAGGCGACUCUGUGUCAUCCGUUCCUCCGACCUGGACUUGGGAGGCCAGAAGCUUCCCCUUCCUCCCGAGAGGCAGCAGCCCAGCCGGUGGGGAUAGGAGGUCAGGUCCGUCUCCACGGGAGCAGGACUUCUGCUCCUUCCGGAAUAGGCGUCAGCCACCUUGGGAUGUUACCCAGAGAAUGACCCCACGUGUGGCUAAAACGGCACCGAGGAGAAAGCCUAAGGCCUGGCCAAGGUGUUGGUUGUUAUGUUUGGGUGAGCGGGUUGCAAAAACUUUCCUUGACAGAACUCAGACCCUGAUCCCUGAUCCUUUCCCUGAGAGAUGGCAACUCGUAAAGGGACUGUCGUUGCGAUGGCCUCUGCUCACUCUUCCCGCUGAAGCCCAGCCAUGUGGUUCCUGGCUUGCCCCGCCCCUCGCCCCGCCCCUCUCCCCACCCCUCCCCUCGCCCCUCCGCGGACAAAUAAGGCCUGAGCAUUCUCUGCGCUGGGCACCUUUCUGUUCCGACUUGUCAUCUCUGGAACUUGCAAUAAACUUUCCGGGAGGCCAGGCUGCCCAAAAAGCAGGUUACCUUGGACCAACAAAAAUGUUAAAAACAAAACAAAACAACCCUGGGACUUGGCUUCUGAAAAACCUCCAUCAGUGGCCUUAGGGUGUGUGUGACACUUCUUUGGAGCAUAGGCUGUGACAGGCAGUGUUUUCCAGGAUGGGGGUUGCAGGGCUUUGAUUCAGAGACAAUAUGAAACAAUGUCAUCCACUCAGCAAGUUGAUGCGACAUGACGGGUAUUAGCAGCAUCGGACCUUGCUGGGGACUGACGAUCAGAGGAGGGGCUGGAAGAAGAUCUUGGGAUAUUUCUGGGAAUCUCCUCUCUCUUGUUUCCCGUAAUAUACUCCGUGCGGCUUCUUCCUCCACUGCUCCCUUGGAUCUUUGCAUCCACAGAGAAUUCCUGAAUGUGCGCUCAGUGCACUGGUCCGGGCACUGUGGCUAUGCCUUCCAUGCGGAAGACGGCGCCUGGGUAUUCUUAUGGGCGGAGCAUGAAACAAACAAGCAAACAAAGCUGUAUUGGCCUGUGGUGGUAAAUACUACGAAAGAAAUAAAUGAGGUCCGGAGACAGAGAGUAACUGGUCGGAGCCAGUCAAGGGUGGGUAGUUGGUGUAUUAGCCAAGGCUCCCGGAGAAACGGAACCAAGAGGAGAUCAUCUGUUUGUCGUUCCAUCUCUCUGGUUUAUGAGGACAGAUGGAAAAUGAGAAGCCCCACACUCCACAGUCAGCCAGCUGGAGAGGCAAGGACUGCUGGUGGGGUAGUUCUAGUCUGAGUCCAAAGGCCUGCGAACCAGAAGAGCCAGUCGUUAAGUGGGUUAAGCUCUAGUUCCCGGACAGGAGAAAACUCAGCUCCAGCAGUUAGGCAAAGCGGGAGGGAGGAGGGCGGGAAAGGAAGAUGGAGAAGGAGGGAGAGAGACAGAGGGAGGGAGGGAGAGUGAAAUUCUUUUUUUAAUUAAUUUUUUGUUAAAGUGUAGUUGAUUUACAAUGUCAUGACAGGUUCUGCUGUACAGCAAAGUGACUCAGUCGCAUUUGCAUUCUUUUUUUUUCUUUUUAGGGCUGCAUCUGUGACAUAUGGAAGUUCCCAGGCUAGGGGUCGAAUAGAAGCUGUAGCCUGGCCUACACCACAGCUACAGCAAUGCCAGAUCAGAGCCACGUCUAUGGCCAUGCUGGAUCCUUAACACACUGAGCGAGGCCAGGAUCAAAGCUGCAUCCUCGUGGAUACUAGUUAGGUUCUUAACCGUUGAGCCACUAUGGGAAUUCCAAUAUGCAUUCUUUUUUAAAUAUUAUCUUCCAUCACGGUCUGCCCCAGGAGACUGGAUAGAGUUCCCUGUGCUGUACAGUAGGACCUUAUUGCUUGUCCAUUCUAAAUUGGAUAGUUUGCAUCCACUAACGCCAAAGAGAAAUUCCUCUUUCCGGCACCUCUGCAGAAAUGCCCCUCUCCCAGAUCUCCACAAGUGUCAUUUAGGUCUCAAGUGUCCCUCCCUUCACACCACCCUGUCUUAUUUUCUAUGUAGCCUGUACCAUGGUGUGAAAUAACCCCACGUGUUUGUUGACAUAUUUAUUGUCUACCUUUCUGGACUAGAGCACAAAUUCAGGCCAUCUGCGUCUCCAGCAUUUGCACAAUGCCUGGCACACAAUAGUGGCACAACCAGUAGGCAGAAGAGGUGAAAGAGCAAACGAAUGGAUCCCAGGCACUGUGCUGGAGACCCUGCAAACCUGAGUUGUACUUCAGCCGCCUCACAACUCCAGGGGGAGCUGCUAUUAUCCCCAUUUCAUAGAUGAGUAAGCUGAGGCUCAGAGAAGGUGGUGGAUGCAAGGACAGGGCAGAGCCAGAACAAAUUCCUGGCUCUUGGCCUCCAAAGCUUGUGCUCUCAGUUGAUGGGAUAACAGUUCAUGUGUGUUGUGGGCACUCUCUGUGCCAGACGUGGGACCAAGCCCUCCGUGCAGCUCACACACCCUGUAAGGCAGUGUAUUCAUCAGGGUUCUUCAGAGAAACAGAACCAAAAGGGUGCCUUUAUAUAGGAAGGGAUUUAUUUUAAGGAAUUGGAUUGUGGAGGAUCACUAGCCCACAAUCGGCAGGACUGACCAGCAGCCCGGGACCCAGGGAAGAGCCAGUGUAGCCGUUCAAGUCUGAAGGCGUGUACUGCACCUCCCCUCUUGGGGGAGGGAGUAGUCAGUCUUUUUUUUUUUUUUUUUUUUUCUUCUUAGGGCCACACCUGCAGCAUAUGGAAGUUCUUGGGCCAGGGGUCACAUCAGAGCUGCAGCUGCCAGGUUACACCACAAUCAUGGCCACUCUAGAUCCAAGCCACAUCUGUGACCCAUGCUGCAGCUUGCAACAAUGCCAGAUCCUUAAUCCACUGAGCAAGGCCAGGGAUCGAAGCUUCAUCUUCAAGGAGACACUGUUGGGUGCUUAACCCACUGAGCCACAAUGGGAACUCCAAGUCCUUUGUUCUAUGAAGCCUUCAACUUAUUAGGUGAGACUCACCCACAUGAUGGAGGGCUAUCUGCUUACUCAAAGUCCACUGAUUGAAAUGCUGCUUUCAUCUAAAAACACUCGCAUAGAAACAUCCAGAAUAAUGUGUUUGACCUCAGGCGUGGGUACCAUAGUUUAGCCAACUUGACAAGUAAAAAUAAACCAUCACAGGCAGGUAGCAUUGUCAACUCCCCUUUAUGGAUCCAUUGCCUCUGUGUGGUCUUUGAGAACUCUUGAUUUGUCCUGGGAAUGACUCACUGGUGGAUAUAGCUGGUAAGUGAUGGACUAGGCUUUGGCCACAGUGCUCUGACCACUGCAUACCUUCUCUCCAUCCAAUUGCAUUCCCUCCUCAGGCCAGUAGGAGCAGGCCUGGCAGGGGUGGCACAGAGUGGCACAUUUCUGGGGCCCGUGUGCUGGGCUCCAGGAAAAAAGUAGCCUGUUCUUGCUGGAUGCACCCAGGAUGAAUUUAUUUGGAGCCUCAAAUUCAACAUUUCAGACCCAUUUAGGAGCAUCAAAACCACCAAAAUACCUUGUUUUACUGGCUCGCUCUCUUUAAGAUCUGUUGAUAAGAGGGUUCUGGCAGCAUCACACAUGAAUUCAUCUCAUUGAGAAGACAGAGUAUCACCAGUACAGCCCUUGGACUGGGGCAAUGGGCCCCUAUUUUGGGUCUAGUUUUUUGAGGGGCCCUGUUCCAGCCCUCCUCCAGCUGUGCAUUUCCUCUGGGGUGAAGAGUCAGUGGGGUCAAGGGCACACACCAGCCCAGAACCAGUGUCCUCUUCUAGGUACUGAGGACGAGGACCCCAGAAUUCCCUGCACAAAUGACCCCAGCCUUGGGGAUGGGCCCCUUCCCAGCAUCUCCCCUGCAGGGUGGACAGAGUGGCCAGGGAGCGGAUGAUGGCAGCAAUCUCAACAGAGGCUGGAUUUACAGGCUGGGGCAUCCACACACGUGUACACAAGACCCCAGAGGCUCAGGAUGGAGCCCGGGCUGGGAAGAGAAGGGGGGGGGCUCGGAUGGCUCAGCUCUCCCCACACUGCCAUCUUCUCCUGGUGCAGAUUUCUAGCAAUUCAAGAAUCAUCAUUUAAACCUGGUCUUCUGAGUCCCUGAGAAGGCAUUUUUGUCAAGUCAGCCCGGAACAUUUUCUUAGCAGUGUAUCUUUAUUUAUGAUCUAUGAAUGUUUAGAUAUGGGUGUGAGGAGGCUAUCUGUAUUCUUGUCCUGGCUUCGAAGAUAUUACACAUAGGCCUGGAUAUCACAGCCAGACCAAAGAGCAGCCACACACCCUGGCUCUGGCCCUAAAACCAAAUGCUACUUCUGCCCUGCAGGGCUGGUCCAUAGGAGCCUUUAUACAGAAAGGCUGAAAAAAUGUAGGCACACUGAUUGCCUUCACCAGUGAUGGAGAGGCCUUGCAUUGAGCAUCCGUGCUUCUUCCUCCCCAUCCGCCUUCUCCUCCCCCCAAAAAUGUUAUAGGCUUGAAUUCUAGGUGCAGUCAGUGGCUGGAUACUGGAGGCGGGUGGUUUUUCUACCUUUAUUACAUGUAACUGGACCCUGGAGCACAUCAAGGUACUAAAUUUCCCACCACCACCGACUGAGCUGGCCACAGGCCCUGGGCCUUGGCCAUAAAAUCCUUUUUAGUGGCCUCUAAUGUCCUCGAGGGUUAAGUAAUUUAUUAUUUGUAAAAUGGUCUAUUCCCGUGGAAACCUCCCCAAAGCAGACCCCCAUGGGUUUCAUUUGCCUGCAACCAACAAGGUAGGUUUGUUCUUUAAGACUCCAGGCUAUAAACGCACAUCCAAACUUUGCAAAGUUUUUCCACAUAAAAGAAUUUUUAAAAAGAAACAAGAACACUGUUCUCUGCUGUUUGCAAAUGUGAUCCAUUUUCUGAAAACACGCCUUCCCAGGGUGUGAGUGAGUUAUUAUAUUUUUGCCUUGGAGAAAGUAUAACGUACUUCUCUGGUAAAACAUCACGCCUGUGCUCAGGACUGUUAGUCCAGAACUCACUUGCUCUCUGGAGAUCAUUUGGUACCCAAGCUGGAAGCGCUUUUCCAGAACAGACACGCUAUCCUCAUUGGAGCCUCUGCCUGUGAAUAUUUGGAGGGAAGUAACCACUGGUCAGUGGCCCUGAAAGGAGCCCUUGGGGUGGAGGGUAAGACUGCCUGUCCCCAUAGCCAAUGCCCUGGGCUGUGCCUGGGACCCACCGGGAGCCUCAAGCCCUUCCCUGUGAACAGAGACACACUCACUUGUAGGCAGAUUCCAUUCGCACAAUGAAUCAAUGGGAGGGGCGCCUCUCCCCUUCCCCAGAACCCUCCUCAAAAACGCUUGAGCUUUCAAAGAAGAGGGUACCAUCCCAA